ACUCUAACUAUUGCAUUUCCUUAUUCAAGAAGUGGUACUCAAUUGUAAUUAGAUAUGUUUUCCCGCUAUUUCUUCCUAGGCACUCUUUUCCUCGUACUAGUUUUCAGUACUACCGAGUCUUACUCUUUACCUGAAAAUAAAAGUUACUACAUUCAUCCUGAUACAGGACUCAAUAUUACUCAACUUCUCAGCAAAUAUGGAUAUCCUUUCGAAAAUCAUAUUGUUCAAACAAAGGAUGGAUACCUCCUCACCCUUCAUAGAAUGCCGCAUGGCCGCCAAAACAUCUCAUAUUCUGGUAGACCAGCCGUUUUGUUGGUUCACGGAUUGCUGAGCCAAUCUACAGACUUUGUCAAUGGAGGUCCAGAAAAAAGUAUUAGCUAUUUAUUAGCUGAUAGAGGUUACGAUGUGUGGCUGUUGAAUUGUAGAGGUAACACUCAUUCAAGACGACAUAUCAGUUUGGAUCCUGAUGUUGAUAAGGAGAAAUUUUGGGAUUUUAGCUGGCAUGAAAUGGGAAUAUAUGAUUUGCCAAACACCAUUGAUUAUAUCUUGAAUAUUACAAAUCAAGAUGCUCUAUUCUACAUUGGACAUUCCCAAGGUACUACUGCAUUCUUUGUAAUGGCUUCCUUAUUACCAAAAUAUAACGGGAAGAUACGGCACAUGAGUGCGCUUGCUCCAUCAGCUUUGUUUUCUAAUAAUAUGGACAUUAAAUUCAGAACUUUAGCAAAUUUCCGCAACGAGCUCCAGGUUGCAUCUGUUAUUCUCAAUAUUCACGAAUUCUUGGGUCAUAUGGAUUUAUACCUAAAUUUGGUGAAGAAAUUCUGUCUGAAAGGAAUGGAAACUUAUAGUUUAUGCGAGGCACUCUACGUAUUAGGUGUUGGAUACUCCCCAACAGAAUUCAAUAUGACUUUGCUACCGGUGAUGGUUUCAAACUCCCCUUCUGGAUUUUCCGUGAAGCAAGGUUUCCAUUACUUACAAUUGUUUUCUAACGGAGGUCUCUUUAGACAGUACGAUCAUGGUUCCUUAAUCAACUGGAUAACAUAUGGAGCACCUACUCCGCCAAAUUACAAUUUAUCUAAUAUAGUAGCCCCCGUGACUCUACAUUAUGCCAUGAAAGAUCAGUUAGCUGAUUAUAAGGAUGCUGAAAUCUUAGCCACCCUUCUUCCGAAUGCUUCUAAGCGUAUGGUUCCAGUAGAAAAUUUCACGCAUCUGGAUUUUCUUUGGGGCAAUCAUGUUAAACCGCUGAUAUAUGAUUACAUCCUGAACGAAAUGGAAAAGUACUAAUAAGAAAAUUUUUCUUUUAAAUGGCAAAAUUAAUUGAAUAUUAAUACAAAGAGGUGUUUAGGUGUUAUUAUAAUCAUCAAUAUUAUAUUUCUUUAAUAAGGUUAGGUUUUUAGAAUUGAAGAAAAAAGUCAUUCAUCAUUUUUUCAACAAAUUUGACUUGAAUUUAAUUCGUUGUGUUGUGUCUAUGUUGGUUAGAUUAUUUACAUCUAAGUGAAAUAAUUUGUACAUUCAUUUAUAUUGAAUUUUAUAUAAUUAUUUAAGAUUAUGUGUUUAAACAGUU